ACUAAAAGACAUGCAUGCAAAGUUGCUAGAAACUACUACAAACUUAUGUAUGCUAACAUAUGAGUCUAAUACAUCUGACGAUUAGUUAUGUCUCUGCAGGACAGUGACGCAUCCCGGCAGGUCCGUCCUUCAGCCCGGCUCUUGGUCUCACGUCACGUAGGUUUUGGGCGGACCCAGCGUUCCGUGGGGUCCAUGACGACCCGUAUAGUGGAGGAGAAGGGGACCGCCUAAAAACAGACGCUUUUAUUGGACACACAGUGUUGCUAGGUGCUGCAGGAUGUCCGUAAGUGAGCAUCAGCACUGGAACUAUGAACGCUGUAAUAUAACCAGGGAGCAAUCUUUAGGGAGGUGUCGGUGUGCCGUAUUAUCCGAGAUGAGGAGAGCAUUGCCGCAGUGAGCAAAUAAUCUCAUCAACUGGCUGUGGAUUUCAUGUCCCUUACAGACACUGACAUUUAUAAGAAGCAAGAAGGGUACUCGGCUUUGAAGCGGUUAUGCGCGUGCUCGGUGAAAGUAGACGUCGGAGAGAUCGUUCAACACAAUGGUAAUUCAAAAGGCAGAUGCGCACUUUAUAGUUUUGUGACGGAUUGAACAACGUGACAAGCCCUGUCACCAGCCCGGCAUGGGUCAUCAGAGAUGGUACAGCAGACUUUACAAUUCACACACAUGGGCUGUCUAGUCAUCCUGAUUUUCUGGAGCUGAAAAAGAAUCUGUAUGUGUCACAAUCAUGCACAGCUCAUAUCAAUACUAAACUGUUAUGGUGCAUUCAUUCAAGAAGGACCACGCAAACGGCUGAAUGUCACUGAUGAGUGUCCAGCGAUUCACUGGUCAUGGAAAACCUGACUGGAUCCAGCGCUGAGCAGCAGCCUGUGGGCUCCACAGGUCCUUCUGUUCCCUCAAAAAAGACUGUAAUUUAUGAAAAUGGUCAUGCACAUCCCACUCAUACAGACCCUGCAGCUGCAGCACACAGAGGGGCCAGCGAUCCAACUGCAUACCCCCUAUCAGAUUACCGAGGCCUGGUCCGGCAGAGAUUUAUACGCAGAAGUUUGUGGUUCUCUGAGUCAGAGGAUCAAGAACUCGAGGUUGCAGAGUGCGACAUCACCAGCAGCCCUGUUAAAAGUGCACAUAUCGCCAUCCAGAGGAGCUUUAACAAGGAGAGUCAAGUGGGACAGGCAGACGGUACAAACGAGAACUUGAGCAAAGAGCCAGAGACAAGUGAGACCGAGGAAAAGCAAGAUGCUGAGCAGGCUGAAGCUGCGGGGAAAGCUGGGAGUGAUGAGAACGAGGAAGAGGCUGAAAUGAAGGCGGUUUCCACUUCUCCAGGUGGACGCUUUCUUAAGUUUGAUAUUGAGCUUGGCAGAGGCUCCUUCAAAACUGUUUAUAAGGGCCUGGACACUGAGACCUGGGUGGAGGUGGCCUGGUGUGAACUUCAGGACCGAAAACUUUCCAAAGCAGAACGUCAGAGGUUUAAAGAGGAGGCAGAGAUGCUAAAAGGCCUUCAGCAUCCCAACAUUGUGCGCUUCUAUGACUUUUGGGAAUCUCCUCUCAAAGGAAAGAAGUGCAUUGUUUUAGUCACUGAACUGAUGACAUCUGGAACCCUGAAAACGUAUCUAAAGCGAUUUAAGGUGAUGAAACCUAAAGUUUUAAGAAGUUGGUGCAGACAGAUCUUAAAAGGUCUUCACUUCCUCCAUACGAGGACUCCUCCUAUUAUCCACCGGGACCUGAAGUGUGACAAUAUCUUCAUCACUGGUCCUACAGGCUCAGUCAAGAUUGGAGAUCUUGGCCUGGCCACACUAAAGAGAGCUUCCUUUGCCAAAAGUGUAAUAGGCACACCAGAAUUUAUGGCCCCUGAGAUGUACGAGGAGCACUACGAUGAAGCUGUAGAUGUAUAUGCAUUUGGGAUGUGCAUGCUAGAAAUGGCCACAUCUGAAUAUCCAUACUCAGAGUGCCAAAAUGCAGCACAAAUAUAUCGCAAAGUCACUAGCGGUGUGAAGCCAGCCAGUUUCUGUAAGGUGGCUGUGCCUGAAAUAAAAGAAAUCAUUGGAGAGUGUAUUUGCCAUCGCUGGGAGGAAAGGUACUCCAUAAAGGACUUACUAAACCAUGCAUUUUUUGCUGAAGACACUGGGGUGAGAGUAGAGCUGGCUGAAGAGGAUGAUGGCAAAAAGUCUUCCAUCGCUCUGAGGCUUUGGGUUGAAGACCAGAAGAAACUCAAGGGGAAAUAUAAAGACAGUGGUGCUAUUGAGUUCAGCUUUGACCUGGAGACAGAAGUCCCGGAGUCAAUCGCCCAGGAAAUGGUGGACUCUGGCUUCUUUUUAGAGAUUGAUGUGAAGAUUGUGAGUAAGUCUAUCCGUGACCGGGUGUCUCUAAUAAAGUGGAGACGACAACGGAUUGUCUCAGGAUGUAAUGGAAAAACCGAAGAGUGCAGCACCAAGACUGAGACACAGCAUCUCCUUCAGGUGCCCUCCACGGGGCCACCAGUCGGUGGUACACCCAGUCUUCCAUCCGAAACAGAGGAGGUACAGACUGAAGCAGUCAGCAUGGUCUGCAGUGUCCCAACCAGUGAGACUACAGCUACACCAGACAGCAGUGCAGGCUCAACAAUGGUAACAGGAGCUUCGGGCAACCAAGACAGCACCUCUCAGCAGUCCCUUUCGGAGUCCAUUUCCACUGCCCAAAGGGUCUUAAGCCCUCCAGCACAGCUUCUGACUCAGUUUCCACAGGCUGGCCUGCUGACAUCUACUGCACAUCUGCCUCUGGGGACUCAACAACAACCUGUUCUACAAAUGCACCAAGGUGUCACUCAGCAAACAAUAGACCAUUUGUUCCAUGGAGCCCAGCAACAACCUAGUCCUCGGCAACCCCAGGGAACCCAACAACAACAACCUAGUGCCCCACUGCACCAGGCUGCACAAGCACAUGGAUUGAUGUCUCAAGCACCCCAGCAACAACCCACCGUUCAACUGCACCAGCAAUAUCAGCAGGCAACUCAUCAGCUACAUCAAGGGGCUUUUCAGCAAUCCUCAGUACAUCUGCAUCAGAGCGCCUACCAGCAGUCACCUCCUUCUGCACAAACUGUUCCAUCUAAGACUGUCUCUGCUCCAGCUACUCCUGUACCGCAUGCCCGUCCACAAAGCAUUCCUGCUUCUGCCCUUGUAGCACAGCAAAACCAGACAACUGUACCACUAGCCCAGGAGUUUCAUCUCUAUUUCCAUCCUGAAGCUUUCCUGCCUCAGACUUUAUCAACUCUCCAGCCACUAAUGCAGGCAUCCACAGAUGGUCAGUCUAUUCCACAGCAUCUAUUACAGUCAGCAUCUUCAAUGCUCAGUACCCUACCUCCACAACCACAACUAAAUAUUCAGACACCCCUUCUCCAGCCUCUACAAAUUUCCACAAAGUUUCCUUCGACAUAUCCUCUUUUACCAGAAGGGGGCACAUCUACAGGGACAGAACCUAUAUCUUUCUCCUCAGUCUCUUACUCUUCUCCUUAUCCCACAAAUGCUCCUCCUGCAUCAUCCCCCUACUACUCACCAAGCCCCAUCAGCGCUCCCCUUCCCAUAAUACCCAUGCAGAAUGUACCUUGCAUACUAGGAUCAGGCACACCUGUAUCCACCCCUCUCAAUGUUCCCACCCCUAUACCUCUCCUGGCUAUGGCCCUCUCCCCACCCAUGCCUCCACCAGAGCAACAUCUGCAACAGAUGUUCUCCCCAAUUCCAACACCAGAAGGUGCCCUUUACCAACCUCAACCCCAACCAACACAGCCCUCCCUUCCCCUUCCAAAUCCAGCAUCUCUCCCUCAGCAAGACCCGUCUAUUCCUGAACCUUUUAAAGAGGAAUACUCUCACCAUGAGGAAUUGCAGAUCCUGGCUCCAUCUCACACUGUUAUGUCACAGAUUCAGUCUCCUCCACAGGACAGUAAGUCAGAAACAAAGUUUACCAAUGUCCAAGCCUUUUCUGAGACAGUGGAGCAUCCUCUGCAGUCUACUGGCAUUCAGAGAGCUUAUGCUGUUCCUGAGAGUACUGGCACAGCUAGUGCAACUCAGCAAAGGGCAGAAACUUCUGCAAUGCCCAAACUCCCAGCACCAGAGCCCUGCCCAUUUCAACACAGCACUGAGGCACCUGCAUCUAUUCCUCUCCAUGCUUUUGUGUGCGACAGCCUAAAUCAAGAUGCAGGAUCUAGUAAAGAAAUGAGUGACAGCUAUGAAGGAUCCACCGGUGGAGGAAAAGGUGAUGGCAAACCCAGAAAGCAUCACCGCAAAUCUGCUCGCACACGUUCACGCCAAGAAAAAAUUAACAAGCCAAAACUAAGCAUGUUAAAUGUUAGUAAUACGGGUGACAAGAUGGUGGAAUGCCAGUUGGAGACACACAAUCAUAAAAUGGUGACUUUCAAGUUCGACCUAGAUGGAGAUGCGCCUGAAGAAAUAGCCACUUAUAUGGUGGAAAAUGGUUUCAUUCUACCAAUAGAAAAGGAGAUUUUCAUAGAUCAACUAAAAGACAUUGUUGACAAGGCAGAGGAUAUUUUAAGUGAGGACAUGGAUGGAGAGAAGACAUCAGAACUUGGAAAAGGACAGACACCUGGAGAUAAAGGAAGAGAGGCAAUAAAUGGACAGCAACCUGGGAUUCCCCAGGCAGUUUAUCAGCAAAAUGUUCUGCACACAGGCAAGAGGUGGUUCAUCAUCUGCCCUGUAGAAGAAGCUCCUGCAGCAAGUCAGGAUGGAUGCUCAGAUGGAGGUCCAUCUACACAAUCUCCAUCUACAACAACAAUAACUGAAGGAACAGCCACUGCUCAGCCUGUAGAGAGUGCAUCAGUACAACCACCAGAACCCAGCACAGGAUCUGCUUCCGCUUCUAUGGAUUCAGAAACCUGUGCCACAGCGCCUCCAUCUGGAGGAAGUGAUCCCUAUGGGGUCUGGAGCCCUCUCUCUUUGACAAAUACUGAUCCUCUUUCUCUGGCUGCUCUUUCCCAAGCUCCUCCUGCCCCGCAAGCAGCUAUGAUGCCAGCACAGCCUGCUUCACAUUCAGAGGAGGGCCAAAAUUUGGGCUCUACCCAGGUCAGUGUACAGCAGUCCCAGCCCUGCAUAGAUCCUCAAAGCUCUCUUUUUGUGGAAGAGACUCAAAGUGGCAGAUUAGACUCGGUCUCCGCAAUGCACACCGCUCAGCAAAUGGCUGAAAUUGCAUGUGCUGCCUCAUUGGUGGAGGACGUGCCCUGCUGUCCCUUGGUCAUGCCGUUGUCCCUUGAAGUAAGCAGCGGGGCUCAGAAGCCAUCAACCGUAAUUCCGCCACCAUCACAAGACAGUACAUCUGCUCGCGAACAACUCCAAUCCAUUACAUCUAAUCGAGCGGAGCGUGGCCUGCAACCUGUGGUGCUGCAGCAGCCUGUUUCCACUGUAAGUGGAUCUAAGGCUCCUUCCCUGCCUCAGAGCCCUGCUCCUUCACAGCACCACUUUGUCCCUGGUGAGUCAGAUGGAGAGGGGCGUAGCAGAGGAGGGUUUGUAGACAGCACUAUCAAGACUCUGGAUGAGAAAUUGAGGAAUUUAUUGUACCAAGAGUACGCUCCGAUGUACCCAUCGGGAAGUGCAGCUGAAACUCCAGGAUCUGGUACAGAGUAUAUCCAGUCUCCACCAGGACCUGAGAGUGCCAUGGGAGGGUCAGGAACCAGCACACCUAGUCUUAUAGGAGAGGGACGAUUCAGGGCAGGUGAACAGCUGCCACAGAUCCCAGAGCGGGUAGACAGUUUAAGCGCUCUCAGCGACUCUGCAGUUGGAGUUACUGUGUCAAGGAGACAUGUGAUGCCACACUCUACAUCUUGUUCUGGAUCUAGAAAUCGAUAUAAGAUGGUGCCAAGCUCCACUGACAUCUUGACAGGUCAAGGUCGAAAGCAGCGCAGCCUGAGCAGCACGGCAUCUCCAGCACACCCUGGUGGAUUUUUGGGAGAAUGUACCAUGUACGAAGAGCCGACUAUGUCAGCUACUACAGUUGGCAGGUUCUCAGUGGUCAGCACAGAAGACGAGGUCACGCGUAGAAAGUACAGUAGCAGAUAUUCAGCUCCACCUGACUUUUAUCUGGACGCUCCACCUCCACUGACCAAACGGGGGUCUUUGCCAAGGGCGCAGACCUCGACUUCAGCAGAUGCCACAGUUUGCACACGAUUUAUGUCAUCUGACUCUGGGGCAGAAAGCAGCCCUGCAAAAAUGGCACCUACAACCCCAUCCCGGCAUGGCAGGUCUGAAAGGAGAGGAAGCGACCUCAUGAAAAGGGCAGUGGCUUUUCUAAAGCGCUCUGGCCGCAGCAGUAGUGUGCAAAGCUCUGAUUCACCAAGCCGGAAAGGAGGGGUGUAUGGAUCCUAUGUCAGCAGUGACAAUGACUCAGAGAUGGAGGACUCAGAUAUUAAAAAGGAGCUUCAAAAUCUAAGAGAAAAGCAUAUGAAGGAGAUAAGUGAAUUGGAGGCCCACCACAGAGAAGAGAUUGAGCUUCUCUAUGUCAGAUUAGGAAAACCACCACCUCCAGGUCUAUACAUCCCACCCACAGUGCCCCCUGCUGGACGCAAGCGCAGGACCAGCAGGCACAAACUAAAAGCUGGCAAACUGCUCAGCCCUCUAGUACAACAACUGAGAAAUGUUGCUUCUAAAACUGGUGACUCCAGCAAACCUAAUGAUUUAACCAAAUCUGCUGAGGCGGUCCCGAGCUUGAAUGGAUCUCCUGUCAGAGCAUCCAACUUGUCUGAUGGCAGGCCUUAUUCUGGGACCGGGACUCUGCCUUGUUCUGUUUCUGAGCCAGUUCAGACCCAACAGCCCUGCUCUCUUAAAGGAUCUCUGUCUUCCGACAAUAUCUACUAUGGUGCACAGGGAGAAGGACCCGUGCCACGCAGCCAGCCUGCCCAAGGCUGGCCUCCUUCUCCCCAGGCGUCUGCGCAGGUCACCUAUAAAUCCAGUAGUAAACCACGCGCUAGAUUCCUCAGUGGGCCAGUUUCUCUGUCCAUCUGGUCAACACUUAAGCGCCUGUGUCUGGGUAAAGAACGUGGCAGCAGAUCUGGAGCAUCAUCAGGUGCCUCAAAUCAAUCCCCUAUGCCUCCUGGAUCCACUCCUCCUCCUCACCAGCCUGUUGGCCUUGCCCAAGCACAGACAAACAACAGCAACAACAAAACAGAUGCUUUCACUCAGCAGCUUCACCGACUGGUGGAUAACUGGGCAGAAGGUGUGAGGGCUCCUUCACGCUCACGCUCCCUCAGUCUAAGACCACAGCAACUGACCAGAACCAGGAUCUGGAGUGCAACAGAGGUUCCAGGGUCAAUGGAAAGAUUGAAUGCUUCCCGGCUGCCUCUUUCAUGGCCACAGAUUGAUUUCCAUGCCUCUGUGAUGGUGACUGACACUUCACAAGUGCUCCAGCACAGUUUUAUGGUGUCCAGUAACCCUUAUGAAAAGAUGCUUAACUCCACGCACUUUGACAAGGACCUUUGGCCAGCAAUGACUGCCAAUCUUAACCAAGAAGUCUUUGCUUUCUCUGCAGCGGACUCUCCGUCCUGGACAGCACCUUCUUCCCCCAGCGAGGGUCCUAGUUCUAGAAAUAGGACCAUGUAGCUUUUCCAUCAAUGUACUUGUAAUUGUAACUACAGUAUGUCGCCAAAAAUACUUUCUUCAGAAUUUCUUUAGAGAGCCAGUUAGGCAAUUCUGUCCAUUGCAGUUUCUAGCAUGUAGUCGUUUCCAAUGCACAUGUAGUAAAUCCACAAGAACAUGUAAAUAUUUAGGCCAACAAUGUAGGCAAUAUUUGAUUAAUCAGUAUUAUUGUACAUAUCCAUAUAGCCUAUGUAGCUAACCUGAACUUUGCAUAGGCAUACUGUAUGUACAGAACAUAUAUUUUUCAUCGAAAUCUGUUCAGCUUGCUUGUGUCUGCUGCAGAAUCAACCUCCUUGAGCUGUACACAUGUAAAUGCUAUAAUGUAACAUGCCCUUAAAAUUGUGUAGAUGUGUAUAGACACUGUUUAUACCUCUGUAAAUAUUAACUCUGUCUGCAUAUGUGCAUAAACUGGACAAGUAAAUGAAAGACUGAAGUUUAGGUGAAUCAGUGGUUUGGGGUGAGUAGUAUCACAUCACGGGUGGGUGAAAACACUAGAGCAAUGAUCAUGACAUGACUGUGAAUUUCUCACCGUGUAAAGCAGCGAUCACUAACUUCCCAAUGCAACACACACAUUAUCGCAUGCUAGAAAAGGAACAGCCCCCAACUGUGAUGAGAAACGAGAGAACUUUAACAGACUGUACAUUUCAGGUAAACAAGCCUGCAAGAGUGCCUUGAACUGCAACUGCGAACUGUGCUGCAUAUAAGCCAAUAUACCAAGGGUAAAGUUCACUGCUAUUUAUAAUUUUCUGAUACUAAUUACUACAUUCAUUUUUGCCCACUUACAGUUUAUGAUCAUUUCAACACUACUACAAAUACUGGUAUAACUCAGUUAUAAGUGUCUUUUUGUUUUGAAUGUGUGUGCAUUCAUAAUUAUUACAUCCUCGGAAAACAAAAUGCAUUGGCCUAAACCAAAACCGCGAUGUGGUUUAGCUGUUGUUUUGAGUCUUAUUUUGCAGUGAAGGAAAUCUGGCUGCAGCAUAGCCUCACAAUGCCAUCUCUGCGUGCAGUCUGUAUUAUUGCUAAUACUGGAUUUGACUAUUUAGGGUGUUUUAAUAGACACCGCCUAAAGCUUUGAAACAUAUAAGAUUAUGUCUAUCCUAUAUUAUUAGCAGUUGUGUUUUGAAAUGCUGUCAUUACUUGUAUACAACAUGUUCUAGAAACAGUUAGUGUUUUCAGAUGGUAUUCAAAAGUUGGAGGUAGACAUACUGUACGUGACAUUAAAUCUCUCCAUGUGACAGUUUUGUUUUGUGGUAAAUGGUGCUAUUAUGUUUCUAAAUAGCAUUCCCACUCAUGAUAUGGUGAUUGUAAAUCUUAUUUUAGUUUAUAUUUAUAUUUUUUUGUAUUUUAGCUAUGUAGCAGUGAACCAGAUAUACUGAAAUAAAAUAGAACGGGCUAGUGAUAUUUGGGUCACAAAAUAUUAUGAAGGCAUUUUAUUUGUUAAUUUAUUAGGUAAACAUGAAUACACUAUGAAAUUGCAUAACGAGAUUACUCUUCUGUAAGGCUAUGUAGGCCAAAAAUUGUGGUGGAUCUUGAAUCUGAGCCAUUUAACUUGACUUUCAUUUCUAGUUUCCAUUUGCAAAUAAGUUAUUUUUGGAUGAGUGAUUUUUGAAGAAAUUUAUCUUCAGAAAUGUCAGCCUUGUACUUACAAACAAAUAAGCGACGUGACAUCGAUGUAACGUUUCGAAUCAUCAUAGAAAAUAUUGCAUACCUUUACUGUAUAACUUUUCCAUACCACUAUUUCAAAAGAUUAAAGAUACAAUCAGCAUUUGCAUCGACUGGUUCAUUUUUGUGUUUGUGCAAAUGCUAUAAUAUAGUAAUGCUCAUAAGUUGCUCAGAUGCUGAUGCUGUCAUUCCACUAUUAAAAUUACAAUU